AUGUUACUCAAGCCUGACAAGUCGGUCGUCACAGAGCCUCGCCACAUCUGGCCUUCACUUACAGAUGACCAGUGGAUGAAGGUUGAGGUAGCGCUUAGAGAUCUCAUUCUCUCAGACUAUGCAAAAAAGAACAGUGUCAAUACAUCAGCAUUGACACAGUCUGAGAUCCGUGACAUUAUACUUGGAGCUGAUAUAACUCCUCCAUCGCAGCAGCGCCAACAGAAAGCUGAGAUUGAGAAACAGGCCAAGGAAGGAAGUCAACUGACUGCUGUUACCACAAAGACCACUGAUGUCCAUGGUGAUGAGUUGAUUGUUACUACAAAAAGUCCCUAUGAGCAAGCUGCCUUUGGCUCUAAAACAGAUUGGCGUGUCAGAGCAAUUUCUGCCACAAAUCUCUAUCUCCGUGAGAACCACAUAUAUGUAAAUUCAGAGGACAUAAAGGAGACUGGAUAUACUUACAACAUGCCGAAAUUUUUUCUGAAGAAGUUCAUCUGCACUGCUGAUCUGCGAACACAAACUGCUGGUUACUUGUAUGCCUGCCUCCACAGUGGGGGACACAUCAGCAGGUGCAUCUACCUUCAGGUCUUCCAUGAUUUUCUCACUGACUUGGAGCCUUUGGGAUGGAUGCAUACACAACCAAAUGAGCUUUCUCAGUUAUCGCCACAGGAUGUUACUUCACAUGCUCGGAUCCUGGAGAAUAACAAACACUGGGAUGGAGACAAGUGCAUUAUAUUGACAAGCAGUUUCACACCGGGGUCUUGUUCGUUAACUGCAUAUAAGUUGACGCCUACUGGGUAUGAAUGGGGACGUGCUAACAAAGAUACAGGAAGCAACAGUCAUGGUUACCUGCCGACUCAUUACGAGAAGGUCCAGAUGCUCUUGAGUGACCGAUUCCUUGGCUUUUACAUGACACCUGAUAAUUGUCCAUGGAAUUACAACUUCUUGGGAGUGAAGCACACUGUUAGCAUGAAGUACGGAGUGGAGUUAGGUACACCUCAGGAGUACUACAAUGAGGAUCACAGACCAACACAUUUCCUGGAAUACAGCAAUAUGGAGGAAGGCGACACUGUUGAGGCAGAUCGGGAGGAUACAUUACAUAAUAUACUGCUAUUACUACUAUAUAGAAGAGCUACACUGUAUCUUGAUGCUUCUCAAUGGGAUUUUUUUUCCGAUUAUGUAGCUUUCCUGUGA